AUGGAUGAUGCCAAACCAUCCAAGUUUAAAGGUGUUGAUAAUCCGUUUGAAACGAAACCAUCGAUAUGGAAUACAUUCGGCUUCCCGGCUGAAGCAGAUGAAAAUGGUGAAUUUCAGAUAAUUAAACAAAUGGCUAGCUGCAAGAAGUGUUAUCAUACAUACGCUUUCAAAGACAGUUCAACGAGUGGUUUGAAUCGUCACAAAUGUCCUCUGUCAGAUGGUCAGACAAGGUUGAAUUUUAAGAGAAAGAUUGAUGACAUCGAUACUAGUCCAUCCACACCGUCCAAAUCAUCUUCUGUGCCAUCAAUGUGUAACAAUUGUGAUCCAGUUCCUGUUGAUGUUAAAUAUUUAAUACCAUGUAGAAAAACCCUAUCACGCGAACUUGUGAAUACAGCUGAUGAAAAACGUCGUUUAGUUCAAGAUGAAUUGGAAAGAGCAGCUAUGGAUCGUUGUUUAUGUAUUAUUCCUGAUAUGUGGACCGACAAUCACAAAUGUAUUUCAUAUUUAGGAGCUACAGCUCAGUGGAUAGAUGAUCACUUUUACUUGAGAAGUUUGGAACUAUUUAACGAGAAAUACGAUCAGCCAAAUAAAAAAGCUGCGAACAUAAUCAAAGCUUUGUUAACUGGGUUAUCUAAAUAUGGUCUGGAUGAUUAUUUAAGUGGAAUUACAUUUGUGAGUGAUCGUGGAUCUAACUUUAAAUGUGCAUUAGAAUUAUUAGCAAGAAAAUAUGGUGUCAAAGUAGCUGCCGAACCACCUAUAAACCCUAAUUCUGACUAUGUAGACGCGGCAAAAGCUGAUUCAGAAGAAGAAGAAGAAGAGAACACGGAUGACGACAGCAGCGAUGAUGAAGAUGGAGAUGACGAAGAGAUGAUGAAAAUUAUAACAAUGAGAGAGAAUGAUUUAACACAAGUUAAACUGAAUCAAUUACCUCAGUAUGUUACCGAAGUUAUCAGUAACAUGAAACUAGUCAAAGAAGUUGUGCGUUACAUAAAGAGGGUGAAUUUAAAUCAAGAGUUAGAAAAGGUCCAUACUGUAACAUUAAAGCAGUUAAAAGCUCAUCAUCAACUUCGUAUUAUAAUGACAAAUAAUGACUCUAUUCAUCGUUUAAAUAAAUUACAAAUGGAAACUAUCGAAAAAUUAGCUGAAAUGUUAGAACCGUUUAAGGAUCAAGAACAAGAAGUUGAACGUUGCCAUGAACCGAUACGUGAUUUAGUUGAAGAGGAAAAGGAGUUCAUUAAUUCAACACAUAAUGAUACAUCACAUCAUAAACAACAAACAUCAUCGCCUUCUCCUACUGCAGCAACACAAACACCACCGAGAAAAAGAGCGAAAUUUACGUCAAAAUAUGAGAAUAAAACGCGAGCGCAAUCCCAUUCAAAUAAUGAAGAAUUUCAAGUUUAUUUACAAAUGUUUAUUGAUGGACUGGAUAAUGAGGACGAAGACAAUGACUAUGAUUUAGAGACUAAUGAUUAUGUUGAAUAUAAUCCACUUUAUUUUUGGCAACAACAACAGACGCAGUUGAAAUUACUGCUACUUGCAAGAGUUGCACGUCGUAUAUUUUCUAUUCCAGCAACAAGUGCUGCCGUUGAACGGUUAUUUAGCGCAUCUGGAAAUUUAAUUACACCAAUUCGAGCAAAUUUAGAUCCUGACACAGUCAACAACUCAAUAUUUAUUAGAUCGGCUAUGAAACAAAAAAACAUUGUUCAACAACAAGUCGAAGAACGUUUAAAAUACGAACAAAAACAGCGAAUUAAACAUGAACGCAGAUUAAAUCGGAAUAAAUAG